AUGGAGCCAAACACACCCAUCUCAUCUCCCAUAUUGGUCAACACAAUAUUCCUCAAUGAUUCAACUGUUCUCUCAAACGAUUUGGUCUCAAUAUCAAAAAGCCUAUAUAAUGAUCUAUUCGAUUCUGAUGUUCUCAAAAUCAACGAUAAAUACGUUUCAAUCAAAUUUUUGGGUUCUUCGUUACUAUCAGACUUCAAAGUAUUCAAACUACACUCAAUUGAUAACAAUUUGGAUAACUACUUCAUAAAAAUACUAAACUUUUUGAACUUUCAUCAAAAUCUAACUAUCGACAAAUCCUUGAUUAUCUCUGUUAAUCCCAUAUUCUUAGACCACAUUGUAAUAUCUCUAAAUUCCUUUUACUAUAAUAUCUUCAAUAGUUUACCAAAACAAAAAUUAAAACUUAUCAAUGACGAAAAUCUUAAAAAUAUCAUCAAAAUUAAUAACAUUAACGAAAAUAUAAUCAACGAUGGUAAGGUCAUACUAACUGAACCUUUCAAUCAAGGUUUAAUCUCAAAUGAAACCAAAAUCACCUUAAUUAAAAACUCAAAUACAGUUACUAAAUCCAUAAAUGAUAAUCCUACUAAUAACAACAGCAAUAGCAACAAUAGCAACAAUAACAACAACAUCUCUAAAUUUAACCUAUCUCUAACUGGCCAAAUUCAAAACCAGUUUCAAUAUGAAUUUCAAUUCAAUGUUAAACCAUUGCCUCAUCAAAUAAAUAACAUUAUACCUGAUCCAUUACUAAAAGAGGACGAUCAAAUUUUUGGUUUUGUUAAACUAUCAGAUUUAAUUAAACUUGGCUCAUUUAGUGGUGACUUUAUCAAUAUCAAAUUGAAAAAUAAAACCCUUUUUAAAAUUAAAUUGUUUGCAUUAAUUGAGCCAAACAACUAUAGUUCAAAUACAAUUUAUUUAUCCCCAAUUUUUUUAAUCAAUUUAAAUAAGCCCAAAAGAUUAAUAUUAUCAAAAAUUAUCCCCAACGACUUAGACUCUGAUUCAGAUUCAGAUUCAAAUCAAAAGCAACAACAAAACUUGACAAACCAAUUACCAAAGGAUUAUUUUUCAAAUUUCAAAGUCGCUAAAAGAGCCACCAUCUCAAGAAUAUCCUCUCCAAUCUCUUUAAAUAAAACUUAUCAACCCAUUUUCCUACUUAAAUUAAAACAAUUUUUUGAAUCAAAAUUUAGGUUGGUUAAAAAAAAUGAUUUGAUUCCAAUUUUAAUAGAUCUUCAAAUGGCUAGAAAUUAUUUUGAUAUUUAUGGAGAUACAAUACAAAAUCCUAAUACACUCAACAGUUCCAAUCUUGAUGACGAUAACUCUAGUUUGCAAUUUCCUUCCAUCAUCCCCAAAGGAAAUAAUAAUGCCAUAGUCUGGUUUAUUAUCACUGAUAUUUCAAGUGAUGAUAACAUAAUAAACAAUCAAAAUAAUCAUACGGAAUCCUUGGAACAAUUUAUAAUUGAUCCUUCUCAGACUAAAAUGGUUCAAUCCGGAAUAAUCAAUAAUUUUAAAUUACCUUCAAACUCAACAAGCUUUAAUUGGUAUGAAUAUCUUAAUCUAAGACCUUAUUUUAAAUAUCCUUCAAAUAACAGUGAUUCAGUUCUCUUUAGUUAUGCCAAAAAACUCCGAAAAUUAAUUAAAAUUUCCUUGACAUCUUUUAAAAACAAAUCUAAAACUAACCUAAAAACCACUGUACUUUUACACUCUCUAACCCGAGGUGUUGGUAAAGUAACCCUUGUUAGAAGUCUUGCUAUUGAGAUGGGUAUCAAUUUAAUUGAACUAAAUUGCUAUGAUUUGUUAAUUCCAGGCCAGGAUUUGAAAACCGUGGGAAUGAUAAGAGGUAAAUUAGAUAAAAUUGUAGAGAGUUGUUCUCCAUUAAUAAUUUUUUUCACGCAUUUUGAUGCUUUGUGUAAAAAAAAUGAUUCUACAAAUGAUCCAAGCGAUUCGAUGGAUAAGAAAAACAAUUUCAAUUUAAAAUUUAUUGAAAUGAUUAAUGAUUAUCUUAAAAAACCUGGAAUAAUAUUUAUUAUAUCAAUUAAUGAUUUGGAUAAGAUAAGUGAAGAUAUUCGAAGCUUGAUCAAGUUUGAGAUUCCAAUUAGUGUUCCUAAUGAAAAUGAAAGAAACGAAAUAUUCAAGUUUUUAAUUGAUUUUGAUACUUUAAAUUAUUCAAGAAACAGUGAAUCGAAUUUUUAUCAUGAGUUUAUUGAGGUCUUUAAAACUUCAAAUUUUAAAUUUAUACCAAGAAAUGAUAUUGUAGCGAGCUCGUUAAGUUUGCAAUCAGCUGGGCUUACACCAAAGGAUUUAAAUGUGAUAGUUCGUAAUGCUAAGAAUAUUUCAUUGGAUUAUUAUUAUUCUUUUAUCAGAAAUAAUGUGGGAUUAUUAAAAGAUAGACAGAUUUCUUUUCAUGAUUUAAUUUUAGCUACUGGCGGUUAUAUUAGUAUUUUCCCAAAUAGUUUUGAGAAAUCAAUUAAUGAAACUAGAGGAAAGUAUAGUGAUUCGAUCGGUGCACCCAAAAUUCCGAAUGUGAAAUGGGAAGAUAUCGGUGGAUUAGAUCUCGUUAAAGAUGAAAUUUUGGAUACAAUUGAAAUGCCUCUUAAGAAUCCUGAAUUAUUCAAUAAUGGGCUUAAAAAACGAUCGGGAAUAUUGUUUUAUGGACCACCAGGAACUGGAAAAACCCUUCUUGCAAAGGCAAUAGCAACAAAUUUUUCUCUUAAUUUUUUCAGUGUAAAAGGACCGGAGUUGUUGAACAUGUAUAUUGGUGAGUCUGAGGCAAAUGUGCGAAAAGUUUUCCAAAAAGCAAGAGAUGCUAAACCUUGUGUGAUUUUUUUUGAUGAGUUAGAUUCUGUUGCGCCAAAAAGAGGUAAUCAGGGAGAUUCUGGUGGUGUAAUGGAUAGAAUUGUGUCUCAACUUUUAGCAGAGUUGGAUGGUAUGUCCAGCAGUGAUGGUGGUGGAGAUGACGUUUUUGUUGUAGGGGCGACAAAUCGACCAGAUUUGCUAGAUGACGCCUUAUUAAGACCAGGAAGGUUUGAUAAAAUGUUGUAUUUGGGUGUUUCUGAUACUCAUGACAAACAAUUGAAGAUUCUAGAAGCGUUAACUAGAAAGUUCAAGUUGGAUGAAAAGGUUUCGUUAAAGGAGGUUGCUGAGACCUGUGCAUUUAAUUUCACUGGUGCUGAUUUCUAUGCUCUUUGCAGUGACGCGAUGUUGAAUUCAAUGACCAGACGAGCAGGAGAAGUCGAUAAAAAGGUUAAAGAUUAUAAUGAAAGAAUGGUUCUCGAAGGAAAAGGUCCUAUAAGUCUUCGAACUUGGUUUGAUGUGGUAGCUACAAGUGAGGAUACAGAUGUCGUAGUUCAACAACAGGAUUUCAUCAAAGCGAGAAAUGAACUAAUACCUAGUAUAUCUGCUGAUGAAUUGAAACAUUACAUCAAGGUGAGGGAAAGCUUUGAAAAUAUUUAG